AUGACCAAUAAAGUAAACGCGGCUACCAAUGCGUUUUUCCCCUGUUCUUCUCCACAAUACAGAGUGACAGAAACGCAGCGUUUUGGGCAACUUACGAAGAGGGUUUCCGUGUCGUGGAUAGGCAACCUGUCGGAGAACAAUAAAAGAUGGCAAAACGGCGUCGGAGAACCUAGCUGCAGCAACUUCAUUGGAGAGCCAAGGUGUGAUGUUGGAAACAGAGGUUAUAAACAUAUGGUUGCUUCUUCUUCUUCUUCUUCUUCGUCUCGUGAAAAGUAUGAGGUGUUUCUCAGCUUCAGAGGAGAGGACACCCGGGAUGGUUUUAUUGGACACCUUUAUAAUGCUCUUUGUCAAAAGCAUAUACUGAUCUACAAGGAUGAUGAAUACCUUGAAGGUGGGCUUGACAUAUCAGAAAUUAUGGAGGCGAUUAGGGGAUCUAAAAUUUGCAUAACAGUCUUCUCCAAAGACUUUGCAUCUUCCACAUGGUGUUUGGAUGAAGUGAUUCGCAUACACGAAUGCGAGAGAAAUGGGAAUGAUGUCAUAUCCAUUUUUUAUGGCAUAGAACCAUUCAUGGUACGAAAACAGGAGGAAAAUUAUGCUGCAUCAUUUAAUAAAUAUGAACAAUGUUUCGAGGACAAUAUGGACAAGGUGCAGCAGUGGAGAGAUGCUCUCAGUAAAGUGGCUGGUAUCAUUGGUUAUGAUUCAAAGAAAGGAAGGCCAGAGUACAAGUUAAUUGAAAAAAUUGUUGAAGAUGUUUUAUGGAAAUUGUCUAAGUAUGGAUCAACAAAUGAUCAUUUCAAGAGGCACUUGAUUGGAACUGAAAAGCCUGUGAAGGAAAUUAAAGGAUUGUUAUGCAUUGGCUCAGCGAAUAUUCGCAUCAUAGGUCUUUAUGGUGUGGCAGGAUUGGAAAGACCACUCUUCCUCAAGCUAUAUUUCAAAGUGUAUUUGGGGCAGGGUGGUCCUCUGUUUGAAGCAAUGUCAUCGAGGCUUCUUGCCGUGUGUUUGUAG